AUGCUGGUGCUGGUCCUGGUGGUGCUCAUCCCCGUGCUGGUGAGCAGCGUCGGCGAAGACGCUAACACGGCGGCCGCCACGACGACCGGCGCCAACGGCCGCUACGAGAUGCUGGGCACCUGCCGUAUGGUGUGCGAUCCGUACCAGGAGAAAGGUGGUGGAACGGGCGCGGGAACGGGCACGGGGGUGAGCGCCACGGGGGGCACAACGGCGGGCACCAUGAUCACUAGUAUUCAGGCGGAGGCCGAGGCGCUGAGCGACGUGGGGUCUCCGCUGCCCACCUACACGCACGGCGUGCCGGGGAAACCGGGGCGGCCCGGGAAGCCCGGACCCCCGGGACCGCCCGGAGAGCCGGGUCCGCCGGGUCCCAUGGGCCCGCCGGGGGGCGUCGGCGACCGGACCGGGAUUUUAACCCUCGGAAGUCGUCCUGGUGGAGGAGGAGGAGGGAUGGGAUUCGGUGCGGGCGCGGCAGCCGCCGCCACGUACUCCACGGUUCCGCGGGUGGCGUUCUACGCGGGGCUCCGGAACCCCCAGGAGGGCUACGACAUCCUGAAGUUCGACGACAUCGUGACCAACCUGGGGGGCAACUACGACGGCGCGUCGGGGAAGUUUGUGUGCAAGAUCCCCGGCACCUACUUCUUCACCUACAACGUGCUGAUGAGGGGGGGCGACGGCACCAGCAUGUGGGCGGACCUGCUCAAGAACGUACAGGUGCGUGCCAGUGCCAUAGCGCAGGACCAAGACCAGAGCUACGACUACGCCUCCAACCAGGUGGUGCUGCACCUGGACGCGGGGGAUGAGGUCUACAUCAAGCUGGACGGCGGCAAGGCGCACGGCGGCAACAGCAACAAGUACAGCACCUUCUCCGGCUUCAUCCUGUUCGCCGACUAG